CUGCCUCGUUUCGGGAAUAGAAAGGAGACCUUUGGCGCCAAGUGAACUUUUACAAUACGAUGGUUAAGAAUUACAUCUCAAAAAGCGAAUAAUUAAAGUGUCUGGCAGCCACACUUCUGCGAUAGUGAAGCUUUUUCUCAUACCAAAUAAAGAGCUAUAGCAGUACUAUCUUAAGAGUUUAAGAUGGAAUUUGAUCACAUUGAAGCUUCACAAGGCUUUGACUCUAGUGCACAAUCUAUCAAUAAGCUGUUGAAAGGGUCAAAUCAUAAGAAAUUUCCUGAAGAUUCAGCUGGUGAAGAUGUUCAGGCUUGCAUCGUAGAGAGCAAUAAAUCGGGUAUCACAGAAGACGAACGGGCUGUGCUUGAAAGAGAGCCGGAUUCUACGUCACAUUAUGAUGAUUCGAUACGCAAAUCAGAACAAAAUGAUGUUGUGGUCGCAUCCAUUUCUUGUGGAGUUGAAGGAGAUGAAAAAGUGCUUAAGAAUUGUGACAAUGAACUGCCUCUGAUUGAGUGUGAAGUUAAUGUUGAAAUCGGCGGGCCAGGCUCCCAAAUGAUGUCUCGUGAUGCCAUAGAUAUGGAUGUGGAUACUGGAGGUCCGUUGACAACCGAGGAACUUCCGUGUCACCGUUUGGAAAAUCUACAAAGUGUUUCUGCGAAUGAAAACACUUUUGAGCAUGAGAGAUCCACUAUAGGCAAUGCUUCUACAAAAAUAGACUCUGUAGACGUCCCGAGUGUACUAGAACUAAGAGAGAGCAGUGGUUAUUCGCAAGUUAAUCGGAAAGAAUUUCAACAAAAUUUUGAUGACCAAUUGUCGCAGUUAAGCGACAAAGGUGAAGUGCAAACCGCUGACUCCGAAGCAGCAAAUGCACUUGAGACAGUGCACAGGGAAGAAGAAGGUGUUACGGCUGAAUCGGACUACAGAAAAGAUGAGAGCGUCGAUACGGAGUGUAGAAAUGAAUCGAGUUUUCAUACAGAAUAUAGAAAAGAUGAGACAGAGACUGAGUGCAGAAAAGAGGCCAGAUUAAGGGAAGAAUGCAGAAAGAAAGAGUGUGCAGUGACUGAGUGUGGGAAAGACAAAUGUUUUGAGGCAGAGAACAGUAAAGAUGAAAAUUCUGAGGUAGAAUGCAGUAACAACGAGAGUGUAGAGAAUGAGUGCAGAAAUAGCGCGAGUUUUGAGGCAGAGAGCAGAAACGAUAGGAAUGCUGAGAUAGAGUGCAGUAAAGAGGUACAUUUUGAGGUAGAAUGCAGUAACAACGAGAGUGUAGAGAAUGAGUGCAGGAAUAGCGCGAUUUUUGAGGCAGAGAGCAGAAAUGAUAGGAAUGCUGAGAUAGAGUGCAGUAAAGAGGUACAUUUUGAGGUAGAAUGCAGAAAAAACGAGAGUGUAGAGAAUGAGUGCAGAAAUAGCGCGAGUUUUGAGGCAGAGAGCAGAAAUGAUAGGAAUGAUGAGAUAGAGUGCAGUAAAGAGGUACAUUUUGAGGUAGAAUGCAGAAAAAACGAGAGUGUAGAGAAUGAGUGCAGAAAUAGCGCGAGUUUUGAGGCAGAGAGCAGAAAUGAUAGGAAUGAUGAGAUAGAGUGCAGUAAAGAGGUACAUUUUGAGGUAGAAUGCAGAAAAAACGAGAGUGUAGAGAAUGAGUGCAGAAAUAGCGCGAGUUUUGAGGCAGAGAGCAGAAAUGAUAGGAAUGCUGAGAUAGAGUGCAGUAAAGAGGUACAUUUUGAGGUAGAAUGCAGAAAAAACGAGAGUGUAGAGAAUGAGUGCAGAAAUAGCGCGAGUUUUGAGGCAGAGAGCAGAAAUGAUAGGAAUGCUGAGGUACAGUGCAAUAAAGAAGUACAUUUCGAGGUAGAAUGCAGUAACAACGAGAGUGUUGAAAAUGAAGACAGAGAAGGUGUGACUUUUAAAGCAAAACGGACGGAAGAUGAGAGUUCUGAUGUUGUGGCAAAGCGCAGAAAAGAAGAAACUGCAGGAGUCACGCUUGAUACCGAUAACUCACUAACAUCUUUGCCGCUUGAAGAAUUUGUUGUCAUUGACGUUUAUGAAGGAGAAAGUCUUGCGCGUGAGAUUCGCCCAAAAAUCGAAAAAAAGAAAACGACUCGGCGGCGCCCAAGCUUUUUUCAUAGGAUGUUAAGAAGGAGAAAGGCCAGGAAUAAAGCUUCAGAAUGCCUUUGCGACAGGAAAGCAGGCGAAAGGAUUACAGAUGAAAAGAUUGAAGACGAAAGGACUGCAGGUGAAAGGAUUGCAGAAGAAAGGAUUGAAGACGAAAGGAUUGCAGAAGAAAGGAUUGAAGGCGAAAGGAUUGCAGAAGAAUGGAUUGAAGACGAAAGGAUUGCAGAAGAAUGGAUUGAAGACAAAAGGAUUGCAGAAGAAAGGAUUGAAGGCGAAAGGAUUGCAGAAGAAUGGAUUGAAGACGAAAGGAUUGCAGAAGAAAGAAUCGCAGAAGAAAGCACUACAGGCCUUUCCACCCAGGUUAAAUCUGUAGACCAAGGUAGCCACUCUCAAGAAUCAUUUCUUUCCUUGAAUGUGUUCAUGAAAGAGAUGGUCGAAAGUGUAAGAAGAGAACUUCAGUUAACUUUUUAUGGGCAAGAAAGCGAAUCUGAACGCCAGAUUGCAAAUGAAAUGGAAUCGAAUAACACUUCGAAUGGUCUCCUAGAACAGAAGGACUCGAAUAAAUAUACCGAUGCUAAGACUGAAUUAGAUAGGUCUUUGGAGCUGGAGGAUGUCGAGAAUAGAGACCUAAUAGAGGGUGAUGGCCAUGGUAGUCAUUGUAUUGCACAAUCACAAAGCAGUUCUAAGGUCGUUGGACCUUGCGAAGUUGAAGCGAAAAUAGAACUUCAAAAUAGAAUUUCGACAGUAUCUUUUGGGAGUAGCGGAUGUCCUGAUCAGACGACUGCCUACAACAAUAGCUCCCAACACAGUGUGCUGGAUCAAUCUCGAGGGGACGUGCGGGCAAGAUCCUCUACCCCAGCUCAGAAUACGUCGAUCGAAAAAAAAAAUUCCCAAAGGGGUCACCACUGUUCCCGUGAAGCAAAUGGUGAAAGUGUGUCAUUCAGUGAUGGAGAUCUGGUGGGCAGUCCUGAAAUACACGUCCAGGCUGGAAAAUCAAAGGAAGCUGAUGAUGCUGAAAACGGAUCGGCGCCUGCAGAUGUAAGUCACGACUUGGUAAGCCGGAGCUUUGUGUUUCGACCAAGCGAUGGCUUCAUCGUGAAAAAGCGUAACUUUGCUAAAAGAAGCGCCUCGAAUGCAAGUCACGGCUCGUCACAUGAAGCCUCACCAUUACCCACUGUGGAGGCGAGCUCCUCGAAGGUGUCUUCGAAAAAGGAUGACCAAGUGACGUCUCAUGGUCAGAGUGAGACGGGUGUCUCAGCUGCUCAAAAAAAAGUUGACAAAGACAAGGAAAAGCCACAUAAUAAUGACUUGGUCAAAGCAUCGUUUCUUUACUUGGCUGGUAUGAAACGUAAGAAGCGCCAACCAUUCGACUUAUCAAUCUUCUCCCGUUUCCAUCCAAAAACCAGUUGACGCAUCUACUCUAAAUUUAGCUCAAGAUAACCGCCCCCCUGAAAUUUAUAUUCUACAGCAGGAAAUUCAUGCCCGGUAAUGUUUUCUCGCAGUUGAUGUAAAUCCAUAAGCAUGUUUGUUGCGCUAAAUUGCUGUCAAAAGAAUGAACGCGAUCAUGUAUCUGCGGAAAUUAUGUUGCAUAUUGUUUAUUAAUUUAUGUAAAUUUACUACUGCACAGGUAGUGAACGCUAGCAUUAAAAUGUUUAUAUCUUUGUAGAUACUUU